AUGGGUUUGCCUUGGUAUCGUGUUCAUACCGUUGUAUUGAAUGAUCCCGGCCGGUUGCUUUCCGUUCAUAUAAUGCAUACAGCUCUGGUUGCUGGUUGGGCGGGCUCGAUGGCUUUGUAUGAAUUAGCAGUUUUUGAUCCUUCUGACCCUAUUCUUGAUCCGAUGUGGAGACAGGGUAUGUUCGUUAUACCCUUCAUGACUCGUUUAGGAAUAACCAAUUCGUGGGGGGGUUGGAGUAUCACAGGCGGAACUGUAACGAAUCCGGGGAUUUGGAGUUAUGAAGGUGUAGCUGGGGCACAUAUUGUGUUUUCUGGCUUAUGCUUUUUGGCAGCUAUCUGGCAUUGGGUCUAUUGGGAUCUAGAAAUAUUUUCUGAUGAACGUACAGGAAAACCCUCUUUGGAUUUGCCCAAGAUCUUUGGAAUUCAUUUAUUUCUCUCCGGGGUGGCUUGCUUUGGUUUUGGUGCAUUUCAUGUAACAGGUCUGUACGGCCCUGGAAUAUGGGUGUCCGAUCCUUAUGGACUGACGGGAAGAGUACAGCCUGUAAAUCCGUCGUGGGGCGUGGAAGGUUUUGAUCCUUUUGUUCCGGGAGGAAUAGCUUCUCAUCAUAUUGCAGCAGGUACACUGGGCAUAUUAGCGGGUCUAUUCCAUCUUAGCGUUCGACCGCCACAACGUCUAUACAAAGGGUUACGUAUGGGAAAUAUUGAAACUGUACUCUCCAGUAGUAUCGCGGCUGUCUUUUUUGCAGCUUUUGUUGUUGCUGGAACUAUGUGGUAUGGUUCAGCAACUACUCCCAUCGAAUUGUUUGGUCCCACUCGUUAUCAAUGGGAUCAGGGUUAUUUCCAGCAAGAGAUAUAUCGAAGAGUUAGCGCCGGGCUAGCCGAAAAUCAAAGUUUAUCAGAAGUCUGGUCUAAAAUUCCUGAAAAAUUAGCUUUUUAUGAUUAUAUCGGCAAUAAUCCGGCAAAAGGAGGAUUAUUUAGGGCAGGCUCAAUGGAUAACGGAGAUGGAAUAGCGGUAGGAUGGUUAGGACAUCCUAUCUUUAGAGAUAAAGAAGGGCGUGAGCUUUUUGUACGUCGUAUGCCCACUUUUUUUGAAACAUUUCCAGUCGUUUUGGUAGACGGCGACGGGAUUGUUAGAGCGGAUGUACCUUUUCGAAGGGCAGAAUCCAAGUAUAGUGUUGAACAAGUAGGUGUAACCGUUGAGUUUUAUGGCGGCGAACUUAAUGGAGUCAGUUAUAGUGAUCCUGCUACUGUGAAAAAAUAUGCUAGACGUGCUCAAUUGGGUGAAAUUUUUGAAUUAGAUCGCGCAACUUUGAAAUCCGAUGGUGUUUUUCGUAGCAGUCCAAGGGGUUGGUUUACUUUUGGGCAUGCUUCGUUUGCUUUGCUCUUCUUCUUCGGACACAUUUGGCAUGGUGCUAGAACCUUGUUCAGAGAUGUUUUUGCCGGCAUUGACCCAGAUUUGGAUGCUCAAGUAGAGUUUGGAGCAUUCCAAAAACUUGGGGAUCCAACUACAAGAAGACAGGCAGUCUGA